AUGGGAUGCAUAGUAUAUUAACAAGACUCAAUGGAAAUCAGGAUACCUAAUUAAUCAUUAUAUGACGAGCCGUAUAAGAAUAAUCAUUUUACAAAAUCAAAAUUGACUUGUAAUCAACCUGAAUACACUGAUGAAACUUUCUAAAGAAUUAAUAUAAAUUUAUCAAAAGAUCAACGUAGAUUUGAGCCUUAAAAAAACUAUUAAUGGAAGCGAAUAAGUCAAUCAAAUACAAAUCAAAAUUUAUGCAGUGUAUUUAAUUGUAUUAAACGUAGGAGUUUAAAUAUGAGUAAAUAAAAAAAGGAGAACUGAAUAAUGAUUAGUUUUUAAACGCUUUAAGAAUCUUGUCAUCAUAAGAUAUCAUUCUAAAAAAAAUAUUUCUUACAAAAUAGAUUUAAAUUAAUUGUUAAUAUAAGUUAGUUUUAAAUUAAUAAGGUUUAUGGUAAGAAAUUAUAAUUGAUGAUUAUCUUCCUUUUAAUAUGAGUGGUAAACCCCUCUUCUCAUAUUAUGAUGGAGAUGAUUUUUGGGUUUAAUUGAUUGAAAAAGCAUUUUCAAAGAUUUAUGGUUGUUAUGAGAAACUUGAAUAGAUUGAGAUGGUAAAUGAACUACUCAGAGAUAUAACAGGAGCGCCAUAUUUAGAGUUGGAUGAGUAAUAGUUCAAAGAUAAAUUAGAAAAUGUUGUAGAUUUAUAGAAUAUAUUCUAUUUGAUGAAUGAAAAUAAGAAAUAUUAUUAAUGAAAAGAAAUGAAAGAGAAAAUUAUUUUUUGGAUUUAUAACAGAAUCUUAAACUUAAUAUAAAUGAAUUUAAGAAGUAUAAAAUAUUUUUCAUUCCCUUUAAUGCAAAAUACAUCUAAAUUACUUAAUAAAUAUCGAUUCCCAUUAAAAAUCAGUAAGUAAAGCAAGUAAUGUAAUUGACUAUAUAACAGUAAUGUCACACCUUCAUAACUAUAUCAUAAAAAGAUUUAAAGGUAAUUAAUCAAAAUUAUUAUGCUCAACUUCAUAUGAUAAUCGUUGAGUAUGAUAUCAAGAAAGAACAUUUUAAACAUAUUUAUAGUAAGUAUUAGCAAGUGAGAGAUUUAACGAUUGAAUGCGAAUUAGAUAUUGGAUCAUAUUUAAUAUAUAUUGAAGCCUUUUGGUAAUAAUAAACAGACUACACAUUAAAUAUUUAAUCUUAUGGUAAUAGACAAGUAUAUUUUCAAUAAUUGAGUUGGAUGACUGAAUAGGAAAAAGCAGACUUGUUAUAAAAAAUAAUAUAUUGCCAUUCAAAAAGGCAAAAAAAAAAAAUUUAUGGUAACGAUUAAUUAUAAAGUGUGCAAUCAUAAAUUGGUAGGUAUAAAUAUAUUCUAUUUGAAAAUAAUACUCUAGAUUAAACACUAAAAAUAAAUUUAAAAUUCUAAAAGCAUCUUGUAAUUGUUAAUUUUCCAUACAAUGAUCAAAACAAUUAAUAUAUUCAAGUUCAACCUAAUGAAAAUAAAUUAAUGAUAUUUUAGAUUCUUUUGGAAAAUGAUGAUUAACAUUACUUCGGUAUAUAAGAAGAGGAUUGCAACAUUGUAGGACCAUUAACGGAUGAUUAAUUAAUAGAAAAAGCAAUGAGUGAACCCACGUCAAUAAUCGUAAGAAAUUAACAGAUGAAAAUUUAUAAUGUUAAGUUAGAUGGUGAAUGCGCUUUGGUUUAUGUAAAUGAUUCUGAAUAGAAGUAUAUUGAAUUAAAUAAACUUAAAUUGAUAAAUUUAAGUUAUAAGGGAAACAGAAACCCCGGAUAAUUGAACAUUGAAGUAUUACCAAAACAAAAAUUGUUGUAUCGAUUUGAUAAGAUUGAUAAGACUUAAUUAUAAUACGAAUUUGAGUGCAAUUAAUAAUUUAGAUUUGAAUGA